CAACAUUUUGGUAAAAAAACAAAAACAUUGAUACAGGAAAGUUGCUGUUCGGUGUAGUUGAGCUUCACAUCGUAUUUCUGUUUUUCUUUUCUUUUUUCUCUCCAUCUUCUCAGUGUAAUACACAGAAGCUAUGGAUCAGUGUGUCAAUGUGGAGAGAGAGUUGGAGAAAGUGCUCCAGAAAUUCGCCAGCUAUGGCCAGCACUGCGAUAGAACUCUGGAGGAACUGAUCGAAUAUACCAGCGGCUUGAAACAGGAAAUAUCGCAGACUGGAGAUCGGGAUAUUGAAUUAUCAGGAACUCUUUCUCUUGUCCUGUCGCAAUGCUGUAAGAGGAUAAAAGACACAGUACAGAAACUAGCGUCAGACCAUAAAGACAUUCACAGCAGCGUCUCUCGAGUAGGAAAAGCCAUUGACAAGAAUUUUGAUUCAGAUAUCAGCAGCGUUGGCAUAGAAGGAUGCUGGCAGUCUGAAAGCCAGCGAAUUCUCAGUGAGGUUAUGGUGGAGCACUUCUUCAGACAAGGUAUGCUGGAUGUGGCUGAGGAAUUGUGUCAGGAAGCUGGGUUGUGCAUAGAUCCAAGUCAGAAAGAACCCUUUGUAGAAUUAAACAGAAUACUAGAAGCACUUCGAGUGAGAGACUUAAGACCUGCAUUAGAGUGGGCAGUGGCCAAUCGAGAAAUGCUUAUGGCCCAGAAGAGCUCCUUAGAAUUCAAGCUGCACAGAUUGUAUUUUAUCAGCCUGCUAAUGGGGGGUACAGCCAAUCAGAAAGAAGCACUGCAGUACGCAAAAAACUUUCAACCUUUUGCGGUAAACCACCAAAAAGAUAUCCAGGUCCUAAUGGGAAGCCUUGUGUACCUGCAGCAGGGGAUUGAGAACUCUCCCUACGUUCAUCUGCUGGACUCCAAUCAGUGGGCCGAUAUCUGUGACAUUUUUACCAGAGAUGCCUGUGCUCUCCAAGGCCUUUCUGUUGAAUCUCCUCUCAGUGUUAGUUUUUCAGCCGGCUGUGUAGCACUGCCAGCUCUUAUAAACAUUAAAGCAGUCAUUGAACAGAGACAGUGCACUGGAGUGUGGAACCAGAAGGACGAAUUGCCUAUUGAAGUUGAACUUGGUAAAAAGUGUUGGUACCACUCAGUGUUUGCCUGCCCUAUUCUUCGGCAACAAACAACAGAUAACAACCCCCCCAUGAAACUGGUGUGUGGCCAUAUUAUCUCCAGAGAUGCUUUAAAUAAAAUGAUCAGUGGAAGCAAGUUGAAAUGCCCUUAUUGUCCAAUGGAGCAGGUUCCAGGAGAUGGGAAGCAAAUAUACUUCUAAAAUGUCCUAAAUCUUUGUGUUAUUGGCCAUUAACUUUGAACGAGCUGCUUCAUGAGUAUAUGCAGAAGUAAUUCAGUUUUAUGGGAAGGUUUGCCAAUAUUGAGUAACAGUGUGCAGAAGCCAGAGAAAAUAUUAGUGGCAAUAGGGCUUUAACCUUGAUCUGCAUACACUGAUCAAGUUAAUACACCAGCAUUCCCUAUGAAAGGCAAUUAUUUAUUUGUAUUUUAAGCUAAAUUAAAUUUGUGUUUUGGAUUUUACAUUAUGGAGGUAAUGUUACCAUCCAAAUUAACUUUUUUCUUGCAUUAUCACUGUAUUAUCAGAUUGAUCAAUUGUAAGUCAUAUUUGGAGGUUUAGUGUGGAUUGUUUUUUUUUCUUUUCUUUUUUUAAGUGUAUAUAACAGUAUUUAGAAAACUAUAAUGAAUACAUAGCAAGUAUUGCUGCAGAGUUUGCUUAACUAAUUUGUAUUUUCUGUUGAUAGAGCAAGCUGUGAAAUGCUUUCACUUAA